AUGAUAGGAACCGUAUCUGUCCGCCCCACUCGCCUGGCUCUUCUGGCCCGCAAUUUCACAUAUUCUUUUACCGGCUUGCACAAGUUUAAUUCCAGUAUUGAUUCUGUCCCCAGCCUCUCUAGUCGAAAAUUUUCGUCUGCAAGCCCAACACUUGUCAAUUCCCAAAAUCCCGGGUCGGGGCCCCGGCUCCAACCCAAAAAGCCUCUCGAUGUUAUUUCUGAGGAGAAGGGCGGAGGAAUAUCGCGCAUAGAUGAAGACAUCAGCAUCGAAUACCCUGAGGAUACCGGUUUACCGCGAACUCCCAUCAUUCAAGGCCGGGGCGGUCGGCAUUUCAAACGAACUCUCGCGCAAUUUUCUCUUGAGGACAAGGUUUCAGUGGUGACAGGAGGAGCGAGUGGAAUAGGUCUUGCUCUUUCCCAAUCAAUUGUGGCUUCAGGCUCGCAUCUUGCCAUUGUUGAUAUGAACCGUAAGCUGAUUGCAAAUCCCCGCUACCUAGUACAGAAGAUAAUUAAAACUAACUACCAUAAUGUAGACGAUGAAGCCCAGAUCCAGGCCAAGACAUUACUAGAACAAUUCAAAUCGGAAAAUCCUGGUCUUGAGAAGCUUCCUACAGUAACCGCUCACUAUGCUGAUGUAUCCAACCCAGCCUCGGUCGACGAUGCUAUCGCCGAUAUUAUAGCUAAACAGGGUAAGAUUGACAAUUUGGUUACCUGUGCCGGUUUUACCGAGAAUUUCAGCGCUGUAACAUACCCCUACGAUCGAAUGCAGAAGCUGUGGGGCGUUGUCGUGGAUGGUACCUAUCUCUUUACUACUGGCGUUGCCAAACACUUAAUUAAGCGCCAAGCAUCGGGGAGCAUGGUGGUCAUUGGUAGCAUGUCUGGAGCUAUUGUCAAUGUUCCUCAGCCCCAAGCUCCUUACAAUGCCGCUAAGGCGGCCGUUCGUCACCUUGCUGCAUCACUCGCUGUAGAGUGGGCUACUCAUGACAUUCGUGUGAACUGUAUAAGUCCUGGGUAUAUCCUGACUGCUCUUACUCGCAAGAUUCUGGAAGAGAAUUUUGAAUUCCGCGAGAAGUGGGUUUCACUUAUCCCUGCUGGUCGAGUGGGAAUGCCAGAAGAUUUAAUGGGACCGGUAACUUUUUUGCUCAGCGAUUCUGCUAGGUACAUUACUGGAGCUGAUCUACGGGUCGAUGGUGGCUACACCCUGACUUAA